UUCAGACUCUUCAGUUCAUCAUGGGCAAAGUUCUGCUGCUGGUCCUGUUGUGUCUGCAGGUCGUCCUGCUCACCACAGCCUUCACUGCUGCUCAUGAAGCCGCUCUGCUGAGAGAUGAUCAGGAUCAACUACAGCAACUUUCUGAUCUGAUAAGAAGCCUGCAGCAAGUGAACGAAACAGAAGGGGCAGAGUCGAAGAUCAGAGUCAGGAGAUUCUGCGGGAGGAAACGAGGAGGAUGCAGCUCAUUCAGACGCCCACCUCCAACUCUACCAUCUCUAAUCAAGUCAGGACCGAAGAAGCCGUCUGGAGUCAAGCUCUGCAGGAGAGGUGAUCAGUGUCAACGACAACAGCCUGCUGAUCUGAUAAGUCGUCUGCAGCGAGUGAAAGAAACACAAGGGGCAGAGUCGAAGAUCAGAGUCAGGAGAUUCUGCGCGAGAAAACGAGGAGGAUGCAGCUCACUCAAACGCCCACCUCCAACUCUACCAUCUCUAAUCAAGAUCAAGUCAGAACCAGAGAAGCCGUCUGGAGUCAAGCUCUGCAGGAGAGGUGAUCAGUGUGAACUACAACAGCCUGCUGAUCGGAGAAGUCCUCUGCAGCAAGUGAAAGAAACAGAAGGGGCAGAGUUGAAGAUUAGAGUCAGGAGGCAAUGCGCGACAAAACCAGGAGGAUGCGGCCCACUCAAAGUUUUCCUGCUCAUCACAGCCUUCACUUGUACAGAUGCAGCCACUCUGGUGACAGAAGACCAGCAGCAACAGUCUCAGAAUGUGCUGGAGGGAAUAACUGAAGAUGACAGAGAAAAGACUGGAGAAAUAGCCAAGAGACGAGCAUCCCACUGUAGCUGGAGACCAGGGGCAUGUUCACUCAUCUCCCGGAUGGCAACAGAAAGACCUCAGCUGACUGGUCCGAAAAUACAAUGAAACAAUGUUAUGAUGCUGAUGAGAUCACAUCUGUUAUGAAGGACGGCUGAACAAAAAGCAAAACGAUUUUUUUUUCUACUUUUUUUUGUCUGUGUCAGUGAUCAGAAGGAAAAAGAGAACAGAAACCUCAAGACACACAUGAAAACCAGCACUAACAUCAACUUCUAAGAGCUGUUUUCUACAAGAGCUGUUAUCUGGUGAUACUAAUCAAGCAGUGCACAAACUUUGUAUCAAGAAUACAAACUGUUUUUCUAUGCAAACAUCCUUUCUAUUAUAUCUACAGGAAAAGUACCAGCUGACCACGCAGUAUCAUAGAUUUCUGGUUAUCAUACAGAAAGUAGGCUUGGUGUGUUGUUGCCACAGUAUAUUGUGUUUUCGAUAUGUUUGAUUUUACUACAGCGAGUUGAAGACUCUAUUGCUUAAUCAGCUUUUUGACACAUCAAAUAAAAAAAAGUGUUACUGGUAAUUAAA